AUGAUCUGCUCCAUCACAGUAGUACGCAGUCCGUAUUUCGAGGCAGAAGAGUUCACGAACUUGAGAGAUAUAAUUGAAAUAGAUACGACAAAUGUAACCACGGAGUCUGCUACAUCUGACAUAAAAUUGCUCAAAGAACCAGUUCGUGUAAAGAUCCAACGUGGCGUACGGCAAGGCGAGGUCAUCUCUCCAAAACUAUUCUCUGCAGCUUUAGAACUUGUAAUGCGGCAAAUCGAGCUGCCUUGUGGCAUUGAGAUAGAUGGCGAAAGACUUCAAUACUUGAUGUUUGCAGACGACAUAGUCUUGAUUGGAAGCGAACCGAGUGCACUCGAAAGCUCCCUGAAUAUUUUGAGCGAAGCCUCCCAAUCCAUUGGACUUGUAAUACAUCCAGGAAAAACCAAAUGGAUGAAAAACAACUAUACAAAUGACUAUCGUUUAUGCCAAGUGUUCAACACCCAUGUUCUACCAGCACUGGUAUAUGGAAGUGAGACAUGGAGCACAAUCAAAGAUGAGGAGAGAAGACUAGCUGCUACGCAAAGGGCAAUGGGCGACGGCAAAGUGUCGAGCUAA